UAGUUCCGAACGGGAGUUAUUUAUAUAUACUCUCUUUCAUUUAAUAGAUUAGUUUCCCCAAAAUCUUCUUAAACAUGAGACAAUACAUUUAUUUGUAAAGCACAUUAUUUAUUCCUAUAGGCUCCCACCUCUUUGAAAAGAUUCACUAACUUUGUUUUGGAUUUAAAUACACAAAUAUCUUAGAGUAAUUAUGAUAUAUGCAUAGACGUAUGGUUUUAUCAAUAGUUAUCUAUAUUGUAAAUUUUUAAUAAUAUAAUAGAGAUAAUUAUUUGCCACAUGUCAAUACUCUACUAAAUUUUUUUUAUUUUUAAAUUCAACCGCUAGUAGGUUGAGAAAACAAAAACAAACCAAAAAAUCUUUUAGAAAAAAAACAACUUAUAAAACGUGACCAUGCUCCUUCAUGUUUACAAUGCAAAAUAUCAUUCACUCCACUCUGACCUCGCCACCAUGCAACACUCUCUCCGCUCCAAUCUUCUUCCGCCGGAAACAUCCUCACGUUUUCAUUUACGCCCACAAAUCAAGCAUGCAAAUAUUACUAAGUCCCAACUUCUCAUUAAUAACCCUUUCAAGAAAACAACAAAACCUCCAGACUUCCCUCCUCUCCUCACUUCACCGGCGACGUCACCUCCGUCUCCGGUUAAGCUCAAGCCGACCCAUCAUCACUUAAACCCUCUCCAGAAGCUAGCAGCUUCCAUGCUCGACAAAAUCGAGUCCUCCCUCGUUGUACCAAUGGAACAAAACCACCCGCUACCUAAACCGACCGAUCCAUCUAUUCAAUUAUCUGGAAAUUUCGCUCCCGUUAAUGAAUGUCCGGUUCAAAACGGUUUAGAAGUCAUCGGUAAUAUUCCUCCUUGUCUACGUGGAGUCUACAUCCGUAACGGCGCUAAUCCUAUGUUUCCGCCGUUAGGUGGACACCAUUUGUUUGACGGUGACGGAAUGAUUCACGCAGUUAGCAUCGGUUCUGAUAACCGGGUUAGUUACAGCUGCCGGUACACUAAAACAAACCGGCUUGUUCAGGAAGCCGAGCUUGGCCGGUCGGUUUUCCCUAAACCCAUCGGCGAGCUUCACGGUCACUCGGGUUUGGCUCGACUCGCUUUAUUCGCCGCUCGAGCUGAGAUUGGUCUUGUGGACGCGACACGUGGCAUGGGUGUAGCUAACGCCGGCGUCGUUUACUUUAACGGAAGAUUAUUAGCCAUGUCAGAGGAUGAUCUCCCUUACCACGUGAAGAUCAACGGCCAUGGAGAUCUCGAGACGAUCGGACGGUUCCAAUUCGAUGAACAGAUUGAUUGUCCAGUAAUAGCGCAUCCUAAAGUGGACCCUACCACAGGAGAUCUUCACACGCUGAGUUACAACGUUUUGAAGAAACCUCAUCUCAAAUAUCUUAAAUUCGACACGUGCGGGAAAAAGACACGUGACCUUGACAUCACACUCGAGCAACCCACGAUGAUUCACGAUUUUGCAAUAACCGAAAAUUUUGUCGUGAUCCCAGAUCAGCAAAUGGUAUUCAAAUUAUCCGAAAUGAUUCGGGGCGGGUCACCGGUUAUCUACGACAAAGAGAAGAUGUCCAGAUUCGGGGUUUUGUCAAAACAGGAUCCGACCGGGUCGAGUGUAAAUUGGGUCGAUGUACCCGACUGCUUCUGUUUCCAUCUAUGGAACGCGUGGGAAGAGAUAGCCGAGGACGGUGACCCGGUUAUCGUCGUCAUUGGGUCGUGCAUGAACCCGCCCGAUACGAUUUUCAGCGAAUCUGGAGAACCGACUCGGAUUGAAUUAACUGAAAUACGGUUAAACCUGCGGACAAAAGAAUCGAACCGGAAGGUUAUUGUAACCGGGAUGAAUUUAGAAGCGGGUCAAGUAAACCGGAAUUUCCUGGGCCGAAAAACCCGGUUCGUUUAUUUAGCGGUAGCGGAUCCUUGGCCGAGAUGCAGUGGCAUCGCAAAAGUUGAUUUAGAGAACGGAACCGUUAUCCAAUUCAAAUACGGACCGGGCCGGUUCGGCGGCGAACCGUAUUUCGUAGCGGACGGAGAAGGAGAAGACGAAGGGUAUGUAAUGGGGUUUGUGAGGGACGAAGAGAGAGAUGAGUCGGAGUUUGUGGUAGUUGACGCAUCGGAGAUGAAGCAAGUAGCGGCCGUGCGACUACCGGAGAGAGUACCGUACGGUUUCCACGGAACGUUCGUGAGCGAGAAUCAGUUGAAGGAACAAGUUUAAUUUCUGACGUAGGAGUAUUUUCAUAAUUCUGCAAACCCUCCUUUUAAUAUUUUGUGUUUAAUUGCUUUGUUAGUAUAUCAUUUGUGUAUAAGAAUUAAGAAGGGAGACGUUGUUGGCUUUGUUAACUUAAUUACUGUUUAUAGAAAGAUUCUCUAGUUAUUUAUACAUGCUGAAUUAUCAAAAAGAAAGUUCAGUCUCUUACCGUAUUCGGUUUAACCUAGCGUGUACAAAAAGUUUGGAAUAUAGGUAUAAUAUCACUUUCAUGUAUUUUCAUUUCACACGUGAUUCAAAAACAAAUCUCCAUAUUAAUGUGUAUAUUUGAAAGUUUCGAUAACCAUUAGCACUAAGAUAGAAAUGGACCACUUUCGUAAAACGCUAACUAUUUAUGUUGCAUGAGCAUUUAUUAUAUAGUGUGCAGCCAAUGAGAACGGCCACGAGAACGAUGAAUGAUUUGAUAACCUUCACUUACCAAGUGACUAUAUAUAGUAUCAAUAAUUUAAUCAUGGGCCACGGUUAAUUGUUUUGUUUGGGAUGUAGUAAGCGUUCUUCAGCCAUCCGCAUGAUUUCACUCAAAAUAUAUCCAAAAUUGGAUCAUUGGAACUAUGCCAGAAACUUUGUACAAUAGACAAAUUGUUUGUUUGCAGGAGCUACAUGUACACAUAUUCUAGAGAAUAUAUAUUUCAUAAAAGUGAUUGAUGCAAUAAAUCUAUUUCAUUGUUAAUAUUAUACCUUUUUAACACUUGUUAAUAUAAUACUUAAAACAAACGUUGUGGGAGGAAAAGUCUUAGAACAAUUUGAUUAUAUGUUUUAUGACAUAUUAAUUAGAAAAUUAUUUACUAAGGACUCUAUCUUAAUAAGUUUAAAUUUGGAUUCAGAUCUAUCGGAAAUUAGGAUAAUGAGAUGAAGUUAUAUUAAACAUACUUCAACCAUGUGUUUUAGAAAUUUUCCACUGAUACUUGAUAGUUUAUACUCACACAACAACUUGUUAUGAGUUUUUAAUUUGUUGUCGUCUAUAACGUGUCACUUUUUUUUUUGUAGAACACUUGUUAUGUGUAUUCUAAAAUAUCUGUUAAAAAACAUAAAAAUACGUAAAAAGUCAAGAGCGCAUAGAAAAAUAAAAACCAACUCAAGAAAAAGUCCAAUGAUUUUAUAUAUCAACCAAUGUUCGAACUUCUAACAAAACAUGAGAUAGCCCCGAAACGACAUCGACUGUGCCCUUGACACUACACAUUGGAAUUGUGCCCAGUGCCCACAAAAAAAAAUCACCAACUCUCCUUUUCAAAUAAAUAAUGGACCAGUAUGUUUUCAGGAAUUAUAUGUAGUUAAAUGUUUAGUGAAAGAUUACCUUUAGGGUUUACCAGAAAAAAGGGAUUACCUUUAACAAUAAACACGUUCUUUAGAGAAUUAUUUUGUAGAAACUAAGGGUUUCAUGCAGGGCCGUCUUUUAGCACGUGCAAGUGGAGCGGUCGAACAGGAUCCAAAAUUUUAGAGGGUCCAAUAUUUUUUGUUUUAGUUAUAAAUUUAAAAUCAUAUAUUUAUAAAAAAAUCAGAAUAACUAUAUUUUUGUUUAGUCUUCGUAUUUAUAAAAAAUAAAUAUAAAUUUCAAUAAAUUAGGAAGUAAUUAGUAUUUAUAUCAAUUAUAUAUUUGGAAAGUAAGAAAUAGUUGUUGAUGUGUGUUUGAAUAUUUUAUGGUAGUAUAGAAAGUAAGUAUUUUAAUUUGAUUAUGUUUAGGAAAAAUUAUCAAUUAGUGAUAAUAAAUAGGGAGAACAAGAUAUAUUUUCUUCACCGUUUUUAAAUAAAAAAUAGCAAACACAAAAAAGCAAUGUUUUUAAACCCUACCCGGACACUGAACCGGACGACUUACCGGGUCGCUGGGUCACUGGGUCGACCGCGGAUGAACCGCGGGUUAAUAUAUGAAUUAAUUUUAUUAUAUAAUAAUAUAUUAACUAUGAAAAUAAAUAUAUAAAAACAAAAGUUUUAUAUUUUUUUAAUGUUUUUUAAAACAUAAAAUAAUAGUUUCGAUAUGUAUGUACUAUGUUUAAAAAGUAUUUAACAAAUACUUAACUUUAGUUUUUAUAUUUUUAUUUUCAUUUGACAUGCAAAAUAUAAAAAAAAUAGUUUAGACUAUUUAAAAUUUUCUGUAACAAAGUAAGAGUUAUGACAUCUAGAAAAAUCAAGAUAUAAAACUCACAAAUAUUUAAAUAUAUAAUUUGAAUAAUAAAUUAACUUCAAAUUCAAAAUAAACUAAAAGUAAAAGAUCAUUGCAAUAAAUUGUCAAUAGCAGAAAUAAACUAACACCAAAUCACAUCAAUUAAUUUUGGUUUUCUCUAUCAUCGUUCACUUCAUUUUUUUAGGUGGUAUAGUGAAAAAUCUUUUCAAAAUCUAAAAAUUACAAAUAUAAAACUGAAAAGGAAAAACCUAACUUUUUUUUUGUCAGCACUUAACUUUUUAAUUGAAAACUUAGAAUAUAAAACAUAAUCUAAAAACUAAAAAAAGAGUAAAAGUUAUUUAUUGGUUUAACCGGCGGUUCAACCGGUAUCGGGUUCUGGGGUUUAUUGGGUUUUUGCGGGUUUUUACGGGUUUUUGCGGGUUUUUAAAUAUUGGGUUUUUCAUAAAACCCAAACCGGAUUUUUUCUGGGUCACCGGGUUUACCGGUUCAACCAUGGGUCCGGAUCGGGUUUUAAAACACUGCAAAAAAGGAAAAAAAUAGCCUACAACUUCUGUCGACAAGCAAAAAAAGAGUACAUAACCUAAUCAAAGAGUAUAUAGCUUUUUGUCUAACUAUUAUCCAGAUUUUGUUAUUCUAUUAUAUUUAUAGAUUAUAAUUUCUGGUUGUGGAUAAUAAACGUAAAAAAACUGAAAAAGCUAGAAGAAUGAUCAAAUUUGAUGAUUUGAUCGAUGAUUUUGCAUUGAAAACUAGAAAAUUAUGUUAUUUAGAUAUAAAAUAAUUAAAUUGAUGUAUUUAUUUAUAUUAUAAUGAUAUUUAGUAAAAAAAUCUAAAUUAUUUUAAAUUAUUAAAAAGGGAAUUUUUGUUUGAACAGGGUCUGUAUAAAGUUUGAGACGGCCCUGGUUUCAUGUUUACCACAAAAAGGGUUUCAUAGACAUGCAGUCAUACACUGUAUUUAAUUAGAAUGACACAUGCUAGCAAAUAGAACAAGCAAGAGGAUAUUUUUAUUUCAAAGUUCAAAGGUAGUGGACAAAAAAGCAUUUUAUGACAUACAUGCAAAGAAGUAAAGAUUCCGAAACGAAACCAAAAAAAGAUGAAAAGAUAAACAACAUAACCUAAGCUACACUUGUAACUUGUAAGUAAAUACUGCUUUACAUUUUUUAAAAUUACUAAACAAAUUUUGUUCUUCUUAUUAUCUUGAGAGCACGCUAAUCUUAGCCAAUUAAUGUGUUUUCAAAAACAUUGCCAUAUACUUCCUGUGGUUUGACAGAUUCAGAUUUUAAGAACAAUUAUUAACUAACGUUUUAUUGAAACCAUCAGCGGAAUUUUCAUUAAUAUGCCAUAUAUAGCCAAGGUGUAUGAUUUAGCCUGUAGAUAACGAUGAACCAUUGGCGAAUUUUUGUAGAUUCCAAACUGUAUCGUUAUUUCUUAUAAAGAAAAAAUGCGAUAGAAUGUAUAAAUAAAAAUCAAUUAGUAACAACUGUAGAAUAUCUAAUAAAUAGUUUGUUUUUGUGAAAACAUUUACUAACGUCUUCAGUUUAACUAGCUAGUGACCGUUAACUUCUCAAUUCGCUAAGUUUUAGGUCUACUUUAAAAAGUUUUGGAACACUCAGCUUUCAUUUUUAUCUGAAUAAUAAGAAAAUAUCGAAUUCUUAAAUUGUUGAGUGCUAAUGGGCACGACUAACCCGCCGACACACCCAAGUCGUUCGUACACCUGUCCGAACUUACUCUUUUAGUGGAUCAGAUGAAAACGUUUUAGGAAAAUUAAAACUUUUCAAAUCUUUAGUUACCAAAAGUUAUCUACUGUAUAAGUUUAUUUGAUGGAGGAGCGUACCCUGAGUGCCACUUUAAUAAGUCAACUCUUUAGAUAAGUUUAUUUAUAUAUUGAGUUGCUCCUUUUUAAUUACCUUUAAUUUCAACUGUUAAAGUCAUGUUAAUGAUGUUAAUUAGCUUUUCGGUGUUUAUGUUGCAUAUAGUUGAUUGCCAAAAACACGAAAUGAUUAUUUAUAAUAUCUCAACUUAUGGAAAGUUUUUUUGUAUAAAUCAAAAUUUUAACAGAUUUUUAGAUAAUUUUGUCAACCUUAACCGAUUUUGAGUUUUGAUGGUGUGAUCAUAUCAUCAAGUUUCAAGGUUUCAAACUCAAAUGGUUUUAACCGUUAAAUUACAUAAACUAGUAUAGAAAAAGUUCAAAUACCUUUACAGUUAGCUAUAAUUUAUAUUAAAUAACUAAUAUUAAGAUUAGUUGUUCCUGUAAAGUUUUAGCCAGCUAACAACAUUUGAUAGCAUGUUGGAGAACUAAUAUUAUGUUUAACAGAAUUUUUACCUCCACAUUAUAAACCAUAAGCCUUAAACGCUAAAUCCAAAGAAGAUACGUAAAUCAUAAAUCCAAACUCUUAAAUUUAAACUCAGAAGAUAAACCCUAAGCUCUAACCUUAAAUCUAAAACCUAAAAGAUAAAUUUUAAUAGGCUGUCAUAGGCUAAUCAAUAAUCAUAGUCCAUAGUCAUAUUUUAUCUAUUUAGAAUAAAUUAGUUUAACAAAGGGUUAUCUAAGACUAUGUACAGUGGGGAGUUGAAUAAAAGGUUGAACUGUUGAAUUCUUGCAACGAGGGUGUUGAAAAAUGAAAUUUGAUGAUGUUGAUUAAUUGGUGUUGAAAAGAUUCAACAUGUUGAAUAAGAAGAAAAUAUGGACCAACGACGACACAUGUCACUUUUUUGAUAUUUUGAUAUUUUCUUAGUUAUUCAAAACCAAUUAAUCUCAUUAUAAAUUCAAUAACAGAUUUUUAUUUCUUAUACUAAAAUUUAUCAUUUUAAACUAUCUAUAAAUAGAAACUAGGUUUAUUUAAUUUGGAUAUAGAAAAAAAUAAUUAUUAAUUAAUAAAAUAGAAUAUUGAAUUUUAUUCAACAAAAACAUUGUAGUGGAUAAAAAUUGAAUGUUGAAUGAUGAUAUGGAAGAAAGAGAAGAUGACAUAAAGUGUUAAAAGAUGAAGUGAAGGGUGUUGAAUCUUAAAACCAUUAUACAUAGUCUAAGAUAUUUUACAUCUACUUUUCUCACUUUUCAAUACAACUUUCUGUUUUUUCAAAUAUGUAACUUAUUUGUGUAUACUGAACUAAUUAACUAUAAAAUAAAUAUAAUUUAAUAAAACACCACUUGAAGGCAAAUAAAUGAAACAUAAAUUGGGUUGUAACUAGAAAAACCCAAUUCGAAAUGGAAAUGAACAAGAACUCAAAUUAGUUUCAUGGGCUACACACAUACAUCUCCUUUAUAAUAUCAAGGGAUAACUUGCUUAAAACCAAAGAAAACUUAUGAUAUUAGCUACAUACCAAGAACAGUAAAACUUGUAGUUUUGUUGGCAUAAUGGGUGAUAUGUAAUGACAAAAUUAGCCUCAGAAGUUUCAGAUAGAACUUGUGUCCUAUAGGGAAGUACAACUAAUAGGUUAGCUGAGAAUAUUUUAUUAGAUUUGUCGAUAUUUGGCAAAGAUUUAGUAUAGAUUUGGUUAUAUUAAACAAAAAUACUUGUUUUCUCUCUCAUUAUCGUUGUUUUUUUCUUCAUCUUCUUCUUCUGUUUUUUUUUUUACAUUUGCCUGAUGAAUCUAAACAAAAUUAAAAAGAUCGAGAAUUCUGAACAAUUUCAUGAGUUCAUAAGUUUCUCUGCUUAUUUCUUUAGGAGUUCAUGAGUUGCAAACAACCAAAGAAAAUCAUGAAUUUCCUUCUUCUUUUUCUAUUUUCUUCCUCUACAUAAACACUUGAGCGCAUCCAACCAUUCAUCAUCAUUAUCACAGUCCCGAACAAGAUUAUGAGUUCUCUCUACCAGAGUUCAUUCCCUAUCAUACAAAAAUUUUCCCGAGUCAUUUUUCCAACAAUCAAGACGGUACCGUCUCAGAAUUAGAUGGCUGUCUAGUCGUGUAUAUGGUUCUUAUUCGUUUAGCCAGCUAAUCAAAUAUGGACUUGGUCUACUUCACCAUCCUCCACUUGAUAAAAACUCAGUGACACGAUGUGAACUAACAAAAACAAAGAUAAUAGUUAGCUGUUUUAUAUUCUUUUCAGUGACACAUAAUGAACUGAUCUUGCAAAACAGGUUUGGAGAUGAGCUUGAGAAGUUCUAAAUAAUUUGUAUUAAAAAUGCUAAAUUCUUUGAGUACUAUAUAUUGAUGAUAGUUACAAUAAGUUAAAAACUUCUAAUAUGAUAAUUAGACGAGUACAAUAUAUAAUAGAUGUAUAUAUUAAUUGUUAGCUUGUGUAUAGAGGAGUUUAGCCGGUUAUAAAUGAUUCAAAUAUAUUAUUCUUGAAAUGAUGGUUAUUUACAUUUUGGCUUACCAUACAUAUUAAAAUAUUGAUUUGCUUAUCAGUAAUAUAAUGUGAACUAACACAAAGAUCAUAGUUAGUUUUCUUAUAUUGAGUUCAAUGACAUGAAUUGAAUUAAUCUUGUAAAACAGGUUUAGAGAUGAGCUUGAGGAGGUCCAACUAGCUAAUUCGUAUUGAAAAUGUUAAAUUCGUAUAUUGAUGAUAGUUAGAGUAAGUUAAAAAUUUCUAAUAUGAUAUAUCAAAUAGUUAUGCUAUGAUAAUAUGAUAAUUACAUGGCUACAAUAUAGCAUGGAUGUAUAUAUUAAAUCUUAGCUUGUGUAUAGAAGAGUUUAGCCGGUAUAGAUGAUUCAAAUAUCUUAUUCUUGAAAAUGAUGGUUAUUUGCAUUUUAUUAAAAUGAAAGGUUUUAGCCUAUCUUUUUUAUUAGUUGAAGUAGUGGAUGACUUCAAUAUAUCAUGGACAUAUAAAUUAAAUCUUAGAUUGCGUAGACCAUAUUUAGCCGGUUACAAAGGAUUCAAAUAUAUCAUUCCUAAAAGUGGUGGCAGUUUGACUUAGCCAUACAUAUAAAGUGAUAGACAAUCCUUUAGUUGCCAACACGGAUAACAACUUGAGAAUACAAACUAAGGGACAUUUAACAAUCUACAUAUGAACAAUAUACAUAACAAGUAGUCUAAUAGUAAAACAGAGAAUGGUAGAUGACACAUAGAAUUACUAUUGAGAAUAAAAAAUAUUAUGUGUUUUUUUAAACAUAAUAUUAGUUUCAACAAAAGGAAAUACAAAAUACUUAAAAAAAUGUUGUUAACCGGAUAAAAUAGGCAAGCCCGAGCUAAAUAUAAUUUUAGCCCGCAAGAAGAAAGGUUAGACGUCUAAAUGACUCAGUAUCACCAAAACUUGUUUUAAGUUAGGCUAUGGACAACUAAUUUUAUAUUUGCAUUGCUAACACAUUAUUUAUGUUAUAUGAAAUAUAAUAGUAGCAUAUCAAUAUAAAAUAAGGUAAAUGACUUAUUAUAAGAUAUGCUGCUUACAUGUUAGUUAAAUGAAGUUUAACAUUCACAUUAGAAAUAUCAUUUGUAAUUGUAUUAGAAAAACAUAUGACUAAUUGCAAAU